AUGUUUCCGGUUUUCAACCACCAAAUAUCAACAAGUCAUCACCUAAAUCAACUAGCUAAUUAAAACCCACCGAAAAUGUUCCUCCAUACUCAGCUACACAAAUCCAAAUCCAAGCAAAACAUAGAUUAGAGAACCCAAAAAGCCAAAUAAUCAAAAAAUAAACAUACCCGUGAAUGUGGGCGUUGCCGAUCCGGUGGCCGUCGCCGGUGUGAAGGGUUGGCGUCGUCGGAAGCGCAAGAGGAUACGCGUGUGUGGGAAAAAACGGAAAAUCUACGGAACUUUUGUUGUUCCGUGGCAUUUACUCGAGAAUCUCAGCCCUCUAGCCACCGCAUGGAAGCCGGCUCCCUCCUUCACGCUCAGCUCCUCUCUCUCGAUCGAGCUUCUCUUCUUCUCCUUCACGCUCAACACCGAACAGGUCCUCUCUCUCUCGGUUAGCAUCUCAGCGUUUGUUGGUGGGAAAUGCAAGAUCCAAGAAUGCCAGAGUCUGAGGAAAAUUUAAAGCCAAAGUUAGGGAAAAAGAAAAUCUCAACCCAAAAGGCUUCUUUGUUUCUUUUGCAAGGGAAUAAUGUGGAAGAGGUUCAUGGGGUACAGGGGCCUUUGUUACUGAAAGCUGGGCAGAAGAGCUCCAAGAGAAACUUGAAGAAAGAAAUUUCUCCAUCAUCCCAGCAACCGGAGAGAUCAAACUCUGAUUCAUUGCCUGAUUCUUCUACGUCUGGAAGUGAGUACCGAGCAUUGAGGCGGAAGUAUUUGCUGCUGGAGGAAGAGAGCUUUGCGUUGGGGGGAGAGGUGAGAGAGAUUGAAGAUGAGGUGAAAACCCUUGAAGAAGAGAAGCUUGCGCUGUUGGACCAGCUUGUUGUGUUGGAAGGCUUGCUUGAUCCUUCAGAGUUGCAUUGACUUCGACUCCAAAUUUCUCUACUGUCAUUGGUGAAGUUUGUCUGUUUGUUAUGAUACAGUUUUUCAAAGAUAAAAAAAGUAGGUCAUCUUUGACCCCUUCUGUAAUUAGUUCUUCCAUGUUCACCUCUCUUACUCUCUCAAUGCUUGAAUGCUUUCAAUGCAUCAGAAUGGGAAAACAUAUAAAUUGAACGUUUCUUUGUAUCUAAAAAAUGAACCUUAUCUUUUGUUUUAUA